AGCCUCUUGCUUGUCUUCUUCUUCUCUCUGUAUUUGUCUUUCUGUAUCAUUUUCGGGCAGAAAAUAUGGCAUACUAUCAGCAGUAUGAGAGCCCAAGGUACCCAAAUGACUGUGAUGGUGGAUAUGGCCAGCAGCAGUACCCUCCUCCAUGCAGAAAUAUGGAGCAAAACUAUGGGUAUAAUCAGUCUGAAUAUAACUACAGUGAGCAAAGUUAUGGCUUUAAUCAGACUGACAACUGUUUUCAAUCUGAGUACAAUUGCAGUGUGCAAUGGAGGCACCACAGCCUUCCACAGGGGCAGAUUGUGAAGGUCUGCUCUAAGGCCAAUCCUGAUUACGCUCUGGGGAUCAGAGAUGGCAGAGUUAUGCUUGUUUACUAUAAUCCCAGUGACCCAACUCAGCAAUGGGUGAAGGAUGAGUCAUGGAGCAAUCGUGUGAGAGACACAGUGGGUCACCCAGCCUUUUGCCUUGUGAACAAGGCCACUGGGCAAGCCCUUCGUCAUGCCCCUGCUGCAUGCCAGGAGGUGCUGUUGACUAAGUAUGAGGCUGGUUCCUAUGAUGAGAGUGUUCUGUGGAGUGAAAGUGAAGACAUGGGAUAUGGGUACAGGACCAUAAGGAUGGCAAGUGACAUUGGCCUCAACUUGGAUGCAUUCCAGGUUGAUAGGAAGCAUGGAGGCAUCCAAGAGGGCACCAGAGCUGUGCUGUGGACAUGGAACAAACACGAAAACCAGCUCUGGAAGAUUUCCCCUUGCUACUAGAUGGAGCAUCAUAAUAAAUGCAGUAUAUAAGUAUAAUGAUCUUAAUGUUAUGGGUAUCCAUAGUCUCUUGGCUUAUAAGUGGGGAGACAAGAAUCUACCUAUAUGUGGUCUGUAUGUCUUAUAAAUAAAGUUGCUCUAUAGUUUAUAGUUA